AUGAGUUCUCGAGUUCUGCUUGGUUUGUUUCUUGCAGUAGUAGCAAUUGCAUCAGUGGAUUGCAACUCGGAAAGAGAUGCUCUGAAUGUCUGGAAACAUAGCUUGGUCGACCCAAACAAUGCCCUCCAGAGCUGGAAUUCAACGUUGCCAAGUCCAUGCACCUGGUACCACGUUACUUGCAAUUCCGAAAACAGCGUUAUAAGGGUGGACCUCGGCGAUAAUAACCUGUCAGGAAUUCUUGUCCCUGAGCUGGGAAUCUUGGCCAACCUUGAGUACUUGGAGGUAUAUGGCAAUAACCUCUUUGGAACUAUUCCAGAGGAAAUUGGUAACUUGAAAAAACUCGUCAGCUUGGAUCUUUACCAGAAUAAUCUCACAGGGACAAUUCCGACAUCUUUGGGACAGCUUAGUUCCUUGAGGUUUAUGAGGUUCUACAGCAAUCGUCUGACCGGAUCUAUUCCUCCUAGUCUUGGCAAUUUGACAUCUUUACAGAUCCUGGAAUUAAACAGUAACUUGCUUACUGGCACUGUACCAGUAGAGGUCAUUAAUCUCGUUCAGUCUGGCUCGUAUCUGUGAGUUCACCUGGUCCUUGACUACAUUUUAAAGUCUUAAAAUUGUGCUUGUUUCCUCAUUGAUCUAACGAUUAAAGAUUACAUGAUUUAUCAUUUAUCAGCAGUAAUGUAUCGGACAAUAUGUUGCAGGGGACUGCAGACCGUUCCAAUUCAACAAGUAAUCGAGCAAACUACUGUUGCGAGUUGUUAUUAUUUAGGAUUAAUUUGUUUGUUGCGCUAAUAUAUAUUAGCCUGUUUUAGUCUUACUGUAAUUAGGUUCCCAGUAAUUACUUGUAAAGCACUCAUGUAAACCUUAUAUAUAC